AUGGCUAAUAGAUUUACCAAUUCAAGAAAAAGAUAUUCUACAAAAUCAAGUUCAAAUAAAAGAUACUCUUCAAAAUUAGGUGGAGUUAAAAGACCAAAAGUUAUUGAAAAUGAAUUUGAAAAGGUAAAAAGAAAAAAAAGAGAAUAUAAUUCAACCCAUAAAGAUUAUCUUGUUAAACCCGAUAUAUUUUUAUUCUUUGGUUAUCCGGAUAUUGAUUCAAUUUAUAUAAAUAUUGUUAUUGACCAAAUGGCAAUGGCUUUUAUAAAUAAUUAUAGAACAUUAAAGUAUUUUGAUGAUUAUACUAUUGCAGAAAUUGCUAAAUGUUUUGUUGUUGGUCCUGCUUUAAAUUGGGUUGAACAAUAUUUUAAAGAUGCUACUGCUUUAAAAGCUCUUGAACGAGUAGGUGAAGAAAUGGAAAGAGAAGCUAAUGGAUUACCAAAACAAAAGCCUGAAAUCAAAUAUAAUAUGAAUAAAUUUAUUGAAGAUUUUGAAAAAAAAUUUAAAAGAGAAGAUCAUGAAGAAAGAAUAAUUAUUGAACUUGAUAGAUUAAAACAAGGUAAUUCUACAUUGGAAGAAUAUAAAUUGAGAUUUUUCAAUUUAGUUGAUUUAUUGGAUCGUUCUGAAAAGGAAAGAGUAGAAAGUAGUAUCGUUAAUUGUUUUAAAAGAAAUGUUCAUAGCAGAUAUACACCGGUUGUAUCAUCUUUUACAACCUUGGAACAAAUAGGAGAUUACCAUGUUAUUGAACCAUUCCAUUAUGAUAGUGAUUAA